AUGAGCACCAGGACUCACCACUAUCGAAAGCGCAUGCGGCUUUCUUUUGCAUGCAACUAUUGUCGUUUUAAGAAGACGCGCUGUGAUGAGGAACAGCCAUGUCGGAACUGCCGUCUCGCCGGGAUCGAAUGUGUCACCACCGAUAAAAGACGCGAUGGGGCAGUUGUGGCACACAGGCGACGCGCGGUAGCAACAUCACCUUCUCAAUCGACAAUACCUAGGACUCCGGAAUCACAUAUAUCGAUUGCUGCAGCUUCUGUGACUCAGGACCGUCCGCGAUUAUGGAGUCAAUGCUGGAGGCGAGAAGGCUGGAGAACUGGUCGGCUUCCUUUAAUGCCUCGAUUUGUCGGAACUAGUACAGUCGACUUGAUGACUGAAUGGUUGAAUAUGGCUUUCUUUCGCCUAGAGAGACCACAUAUUCAUGCUGUUACCCCCGUGGCCAAUCCUCACUUCGCAUCCGCAAUUCCCGAAACAGCACCAGCCCUACCUCCGUACAAGAAGGUGGAGGAGUGCAUGGGGAGCUUCACCAGCACCUUCGGUCAGGCCUUCCCGUUUUUGAGCGAAUGCACCAGGUGUCUCUUGUCUGAGGUAGAUCUCUCUCAUUCUGCAAUUACGCCUUUCAGUCAGAUCGCCAAUGCUCCCCAGACAGCGUUGGUUUACUUGAUAGUCACCGCAGGGCUAAUGAAUGAACACACGUCGGAAAGUUCACAUGCAUUGAUUUCAUCCUACCUGGCCUAUUGCAAUUCCUUACUUGGGCACGUUGUUGCUGCUCGGUGCAUCACAUCAGUGCAGGUCGUCUUUCUUUUUGCUGUGGUCCUUAGGAGUUGCGAUAGAAUCGCCUGGGCCUGGGAUAUCCUGACCAUGAGCGUAUCAAUGGCCCAGUCGUUGGGGCUGAAUGAGUCAAGGUCUCCAUUACAGGGCCCUGGGGCUUCUCAAAGCCUUCAUUCCCGCAUAUGGUGGUCUAUCUAUGUCUUCGAAAAGACAUUGGCAUUUGAACUUGGCCGCCCAUCCCUGGUAUGGGAUCGUAAUCUUUCUGGAAUCCUCACAUCAUCUGUUCAGAUCGACAUAUUGGAUACAUCAGAAUGUCGGUUUUGGCAAGCGUCAAUCAGCUUGGCCAACAUGCUCCAUGAGAUGCAGGAACGAUCUGCUAAAGCAUGGAGACGGGAAGAACUAUUGCCCCAGUCGGUAGACCAAGCUAUUGAAGAGAAAAUUAGAACUGGGGAAGAAUUGCAUGAUUUGUUAGCGGAAUGGCACCAAAGCCUUCCUUUUGAAUACCGAUCAGGAUCAUCAUCCACCCCCCAAUUCGGAGGUUUCACCUUUCAUGCUUUUCUUUCCUAUUAUUACAAUCUUGGGUUAGCCGCGCUAUUCAUAAUAUCCUUGUCGUACCGCCAUCUGCAGAGGGAAAAUAGGCUGCUAACUUAUACUAAUAGAAUAAUUCUUGUCAAUCGAUCGACACUGCUGGUUGAUUCGAAGGAAUUACGUGAAAAGGUCACUAAGUAUGCUUCAGAAGAGUCUAGCCAUACGCGCCUUCUAAGCGGACCUACAAUGGUGGUCGAAGCUGCUCGAAAUAUGAUCAAACUCUUUGUCCCGCUAGUUGACUCCGGCGUGCCUGAUUAUCUGACCACAAUGGCGUCACCGAUUUCUGCAGUAUAUGCUCUUUUAGUCUCGAUUUUACGUGAACCAAGUUCUCUACUUGUACGGUCUGAUUUUGAGCUCAUGAAAGCUGGUAUAGAAAUAACAAAACAGCAGUACCAGAGGCAUGGGACGGUGGUGAACAUUGUUGAUAUUUUGCUUGACUUGGAACUUUAUAUCGGAAAUCUCCUCGAGAGACCGCUAUCACAUGAUUCUGGACAGCUGAGCCUAUAUUCUCCGAACGCAAUGCUCAAUGAAUCUAUGACGGAAGAGUCCCAUUCUACAAUGUCCCUUGCUCCACCCUGGGGUCCAUCAGUUCUGGACUGGGCUGGGUGGGAUUGGAAUGAUCUAAGCCACUUAUUUCAGCAUAGCGAGUAA